UCAACGGGAUCACAACACCAACUACGAUGAAGGGCCCAUUUUUCUUUCGUGAGAGCAAGCACCUGUCAGUUCUAGUUAUCGGGCUUGACAAUGCAGGCAAAACCUCUGUUCUCUGCCACCUAGCGAAUGUAGCCUCGACCAACAGGAGCAUGUUGAAGAGUGUGGGAACCGCGCCUACAGUUGGCACCCAAAUGGUCGAAUUCCACAGACGGAACGUCGGCUGGGUAGCUUGGGACAUGUCAGGCCAAGGGCGAUAUCGCGACCUUUGGGUUUCUCACGCAUCGCAUGUUCACGGCGUAAUCUUCGUCGUCGACGUCACGGACCGCGCGAGAAUUGCAGUGGCUAGGGAGGAGCUUCACGGCAUACUGACGUCAAGAGCUUUUCGAAAGGGCAACACACCGGUCGCGAUCUUGGCGAACAAGUACGACGCCAUUUCGGGGGCAUCGGCCGGCGGUGUCAAAAAUAGUGGUCGUGAUGGCUGCCUUACUCUGGAGAACGUGUGCAUCGCACUUGCGGUUGACACGCUUCAGGUGCACCGCCCCACCCGCGCCUUCGCCACGAGCGCUUUGACAGGGGAAGGGAUCGAGGAGGCCAUGGAUUGGUUGACCGUGCAUGCCACAAACAGAUAGCAGGCGGCGAAGUAAUCUUUCCAUGACGUCGGCGAGGAAGGGCGAUGAGAGCAAAAGAGGAAUGCAGUGUACGGCCACCUCUGUCAGGGAGAGCAAGGGCUUCGGGGGGGCUGGUUGGUUGCCGCAACUGCUGUUCUGAGGGAGUCUUGAGGCGUUUUCCCGACGGACGCGGAAAAGCGAGAGAGCGGUUGUACCUCAUUGUCUACAGUACGACGAUCAAUCCUCCUGGACACCGUUCGUACAGUCUAUUAUAAUAGGUUGCUGUUGUUCCGUGGUACAGAAGAAACCACGAAACAAGCCAACAGUAGAGGUUCCUAUAGCAGUGUGUACUUGGCGUGAGGGAGCAAUUCUAGGCUGCAUACCCACAUUUGGGAGACUCGGAGGACUUGGCACGAGAAAGAAAAUGACGUCGCACGCGCCUGCUUUGCCCCAAGGCUUUCGGCUCUGGUCCCCACAGCGU